GGGAAUAAUGGCACAACCAAAUUCCGAAGGGUCGGACGACAAGCCGACAUCUAAACUCGAACAAUGCACCAAAGGAACACUUUUAUUCUGUGGACAAUGGCAAUUCGAUAUGAUUGGCCGCAAGAACGUCCCCAAAGCAGUUGCAGCGAGAGGUGGCAAUGAAGAAGGUGAACAUAUCUUGGCACCUACACGCAUGCAUUUCGAUGGAAUACCUCAGGAUACCAAGUUUAAGGCUGUUUUUAGUGGUAAUGCUGCUGCUCAUGCUGUACUUGUAUCUGAAGGUGGAGUAGCUUAUGGUUUGGGACGCAACGAUAAUGGACAGUUGGGCUCGGAUGUGCUAGUAAGUCACCCGCAUCCGAUUGAAUUGGCCAUUCCGAGCAAGGGAAAGGUGGUGUAUGCGAGUUGUGGUCGUACACAUACGGUUGUGUUGCUGGACAAUGGAGAGGCAUAUUCAGCAGGAAUGAACCAUCUGGGUCAACUGGGCAUAGGUUCCGUUGUCAAGGGCAAAGACACACUGGUCAACGAAUACCCAAAGUUCCAGAAGGUGCUAAUAGAUGAGAAGAUAGUGUGCGUAUCAACAGGUGCUGAGUUUAGUGUGUUCGUGUCUGAAUCAGGUGGUUUAUACUGCUGUGGUAGUGCGCAGUAUGGCCAGACGGGUCUAGGACUAACAGGUGAGUCUAUAGCCAAAUCGAAUCGCAUCACUUUCGGUGUAUCGCCUAAGCCUAAGAAGGUCAAAGGGUUUGGUAGUGGUGAUGGGGAAAUCAAGCUAGUAGAGUGUGCAAGUGGAUUGAACCAUUCCAUUGCACUUACUGACGAUGGCAAGGUGUACAGUUGGGGCUGGGGUGGCUAUGGACGUUUAGGACACCGAGAACCUAAGGAUGAGUAUAGGCCGAGAUUAGUGGAGGAAUUGAUUGGCCCGCAAUAUGGGAUGGAUGGCAUUUCUUGUGGACAGCAAUGCAGUUUUGCGUUCAAGAAGGACAGAGGGAUGCUUUACAUGUGGGGACAACCUCGUGGCGUUAGGGAAGCCAACAUGUACCCCAAAUCUGUAUACGAUUUACAAGGAUGGCCAGUAAGGGCGAUGGGCCAAGGUAUGAGCUCGACUGUGAUAGCAACCGAAAGUUCAGUGAUCUCAUACGGAGGUGCACCUUGCUUUGGCGAGCUGGGUUAUGGCGAAGGCCAGAAGAGUUCUACACAGCCGAAGAAGAUAGUGGCGGUGGAGGGCCUGCACGUGUUUGCGCUGUGUGAGGGGGCUAGUUUAACCUUCCUGAUUGCCCGAGAAGAGAGUGAGGCGGAGAAGGAGAUCAUCCAGAGAUUGGAUGUGAGAGAUAUCCCUAUUAAUCCUGAGAGAGAGCCGACUUCGUUGGAUGCACCGGAGCCUGCGGCUGCAACCACUGGUACUAAACGCGGGAGAAAGCCUGCGGCCAAGCCAGCCAAGGGCAAGGUCACCAAGAAAGCUAAGAAAUGAAGGGGUGUGGCUGAAAGAUGGCACAAGGUGUUUGUGAAUGUUAUUGUAUAUAUAAGAGCGAGUAGCAAGAAAAUAGAUGUACAUUCUUUGGUGGGAUAUAGAUUAUAAUGUAUAGGGUCUGCUGUAACUGUUGAGAAAUGGAAAGAAGGUCGAUAGAACAGAAGUGGAUUAUAUUGACCAAAAGUUCAGGAUGUAGGAUCAUCGUCCAGGUGUGUAUUCAAGCUGCUAGGCAUGGAUUGUUUCAGCGGCUUUGGUAUAUCGUAAUAAAUUGUCACAUACAAUAAAAAAUGAGAUGUGGCAGAAAUAUG